UGGAAUGGCGGCGAGCGCGGUGCCCCGUCGCCGUGUGCCGGCUGGGGAAGCGCGGUGACGCGGGGGGACGCUUCCCGCCGCCUCGGUGGUGGGAGCGGCGCCGAGAGAUCCGCACCGCCGUUAGGGGUAGUUCCAGCAGGGAGGGAGCUGGUGCUGGGUCCUGCUGCGCCUCGGGAGCUGCUCGUGGCCCUGCACGCACGCUGUGGUGUCCCCCGACCUGUUGCUGGUCUGUGUAUCGGGAUCCGCCCGGGCGCGGAGCGGGGUCCGCUGCAGGACGCUGAGCAAACGGAGAACCACGUCCAUGACAAGCUGGUAUCCCUCAGUUUGCUUCAGAAAGACUUUGUGCCUUUUCUGCUGAAUUUUUUAAGGGAGCAGACCAGCCAGAUCCUGACUAAUGGACCCUCCACUCCUGCUAAAACUCCCAAUUCUAAGGCCCACAGGGGCCAAAGGACAGGACCAGAAAGGAGAGCAGGCCACGCAACUAGCAGCCGAGUGCAGCUUUUUUCCCAAAGGACUUCAGUGACCUCCUGCACCACAGACACCAGCUUUUCUCCUGCUGCUGCAUCCAGUGGCUCCUCUUCCUUUUCUGGGUCAAACCUGUCAAGCCCUUGCAGUGACUUCCCCAGCGUGGUGUCCAGCAGCAGCCCGAGCUUUGGGUACAGCCCCGUGCUCACCCACAGCGAGAAGCGCUCGGCUCAGAAGGCCAACCUGGGGAGCUUCCUCACUGCUGCACCAGAGGCCCUGCCAGCAAGGCGGGGCAGGAGGAAGGGCAGCAGCUCUGUCAGUGCCUCUGGCCGGCAGGUCGCUCGGGACCUGGGGCAUUCCUUGGCUGAAGAGGAAGAUGGAAGGAAUGAAAAUGCAUCGUGGAGUGGAGGGAGAAGGAAGCGGAGUGAAGUGCCUCUUGCUAGAUCCCCUCCCAGCCAGCUAAAUCUUAACAACCUAGAGGAGUUCCCACCCAUGGGUGCUGCCUCUGGCAGGACAAACAAAAGCAAGCCAUCAAGGCGAAUCAACCCAACUCCUGUGAGUGCCGAACGCCCUCUUUCAAAGCCAAAGAUGUGCUUCACUUCGACGCCUGUCAGCCAGUCUCCAGCUGCUCAGUUUUUGGCUGGGUCAAGCCUUGAGGCCUUUACCACUGUACAAGAGGGAAACCUGACUUCUGCAAUAAGCAGCAGCCUCCAAGAGGAGAGGGAGAUGCUGAAGAAAGAACGAUGCAAGUUGCUGCACCAAGCGUCUUCUCCUGCAGGGAUAGCUCCUGAUCCUGGGACUCCUACUAAGCCCACCUACACUCGCAGUGCUAGCCUUCCUGCUGAAAGCCAUCUGGUGACCUGCGCAGAUCCUGCGAAGGUUUCCUGCAAGAAACAGUUGGAGUGUCUGGCACAGCUCUACUCAUCAUGUAUAGCAGAAAAUCUGGUACCAAAUAUUUUUCUGGAGCUUUUUUUCGUUCUGCAACUGUUAACGUCUAAAGGAACUUCUGCUUCAGAGGAAGAAGAGAGUGACCUUGAAGUCAGUGAAGGAAGCAAAGAUCCAUCAGGGAGACAGCAUUUCCGAAGUGUGCACAAUUGUGUUUACUUUGCUGUUCAAGUCUUGGAUUAUCAGUAUGAAAUUAUUUCCCAUUUAGAAAAGGGGACGCUGAAGUUCUUGGCUGAAAAUGAACGAAUUGCGACUUUUUCUCCCACCUUGCACGAGAGGCUCAAGCAGGCCUAUGAAAGCAGCACAGCCAAGGUGUCUCUGCUGCUGCCAUGCUCUGUGCAAUCUGUUUCUUUCCAGCCAGAAACCGACAAUCGCUCUAACUUUCCCAGUGACAGAGCAUUUCACAUAUUUAAGAAACAAAGGGAUAUCUUUUAUGAACUGCUGCGUGAAUGGGAGGAUAACCAUGAAAAACCUGGUUGGGAUUUUGAAAGAGUUCUGGGCAACAAGAUCAGGGCCAUGAUGGCUCACCUGUCUGCAACCUGCAACCACAGCCAUUUUGCCAGACUCUUUCAGAAGCAGCUCAUCCAGAUGUGUAAAGGUCCUAUUGGUGGUGGUGUGAGCUGGGGAGACACCCCAGACCAGGAUGUCCUUAAUAUGCUGGGCCCUGAUAAUCUGAGCCGUCUGAAGAGGUUGCAGGAAAGAUUUAUAGUUCCUCAGAGCAUCAGGGGACCUUGCCCACCCCCUUCAUUCCCAGGGUGCCAGCAGUUCUUCAGGGACUUCAUCCUCAGUGCAGGAAGUUACCAGUUCAAUCAGCACCUGGUGGAUAGCCUGUGCCUGAAGAUACUUGAGCUAGAUGGCCUUACUCUGGUGGAGCAUGAGCACAGUGAUGGGGAAGCAGAUAUGGAUGAACAGGAUGAAAAGAAGCGUUUCACUGUGGUACUGUUAAGCUUGAGACUCCUCGCCAAGUUCCUGGGGUUUCUUGUGUUCUUGCCAUAUCGCACUGUGGAACAACCAACUAGAGACCUGCAAGAUACUGCAGUAACGUUAAGGAACCAAACUUUGCCUGUACUGGACAUAUUGAAGCUUCUGAGACGAUCCAUUCGGAAUCAGCGUUCUGUCCUCACUAUUCCUUGGAUUGUGGAGUUUCUUUCCCUUGUGGAUCAUAUUGCUCCUUUCCUUGAUUAUUAUAGGAAGGUAUUUUGUCUUUUGCUGCAGAUAUACAGGCUAAUGGUCCUUUCUGAAGAUAAAGAGAUGAGUUUCCUGAACAAACUGCUGAUCCUUGCAGUUCUGGGUUGGCUUUUUCAGGUUCCGUCGGUCCCUGAAGAGUUGUUUUUUGCCACAGAUCUCAGGCAGGAGGGAUUGAUGAUGGAUACUGUGACAUCUGCUCAGGCUUUGGACUCUGUGCCCUUGGUGGAUCAGCAGUUACUUUAUACCUGCUGCCCCUAUCUUGGAGAGCUGCGGAAACUACUUGCCUCUUUUGUGGCUGGUAGUGGAGUAAAAAAUGGUGGCUUCAUAAGGAAAAUCACUCCAACAGCUGCAGAGUCCUUGGUACCAAAGACUUCCAUUACACAGCGGAAACUGCAGGUAGAGCUGGAACAGGCCUUCUUCCACAACCAGCCUCCUUCCCUGCGGAGAACAGUUGAGUUUGUGGCAGAGAGGGUAGGAUCCAACUGUGUUAAGCACAUUAAGGCGACACUGGUAGCAGAGCUGGUUCAAAGGGCUGAAGUCAUGUUGCAGGAUAAAGUGAAGGAGGAGGAUGCCAAUCAUGACAAGCUGCUUGAAGAGGUGUGCACUCAUCUGUAUGAGGAAGGAGCCCAGGCACUUAUCAAAGGCAGAGAAUUUUGCAAAAAGAAAGGUCCUGAGGCAGUAAGGGUCUUACUGCCAGAAGAAACAUCUGAAGCAGUUUUGAGUAGCGCAGAAGACAUUGCUGUGGAACUGGCUACUGAGAAGGCCUGUGGCUGGCUUUCUGCCAACAUUGCAGCACUGAUUAAAAGAGAAGUGAAGGCAACCUUCAACAGAAUGCUGAAAGUCCCAGGGCUUCCCUUGCCCAAUGAGGAUGCUCUGGAGUUGAGAAAAGACUGCUCUCCAGGCUGUCUGCACCGUGCACCAUUUCCCUCUCAAAUAAUCAAUGAGAUUAAGGAUGUUCUCUGCAUUGCUGUGGGCCCACGGGAUGAAGGUGAAGUGAUCGACCCAGGCUGGCUGGAGUGCUUGCUGGGAAGACUGAGUCAAACCCUUAGGUGCAGAAAGUUCAUGUGUCCCACAUCAGAACAGCAGCUGGCAAAGUGCACAGUUGAGUUGGCUUCUUUGCUGGUUUCAGGUCGUGUUCCUCUCAGUCUUGGGAUCACACCCUCAGAGAAAGGCUCUGAGAGGCUCCGAGUGAAGAAUAAUCCCACAUAUGACCUUCUGAAAAUGCUGCUUUCAGUCUGGAAGGAGGACUUUGGGACACCUGUUCCUGUGCAGCUGAUGUUCAGCAGGAAGAACAUGGGUUAUCUUGCAGAAGUGGAGCAGCAAGAGUGGGAUUUGUUCCAUUUCAUCCUUCAUGGUCUUGUAGAAUGUGAUCUAAUGCGAACCAGUGAAAUAGAGAGUUGCUUGCGUAGCCUUGAAGAGCUUCCUUGGCCCGCAGAUUUCUUAAAAGCUCUGGACAGCGUUUCCAGUUUAUUUUUAUCAGAAUGUCUUCUAGAAGAGCCCAGGAGUAACCCUUGUGACCUGACCAGACGAUCUCUAGGUACUGUGACAGCACAAAGUUAGUGGAGAUGGAAUCUUUGAGGAUAGAAAUUACUAAUGAAGAUGCAAGUGGGAUUUUUAGAGUUUUUGAAUGCGUUGUGAGGCCCUUGCUGGGAAAAUACUGCAUAUAGGAGAUCUCUAUAUGCAAAAAUGGCACUGAUCUUUCUGUUCAUGGAUGUGUUAUACUGGUGACUCUACUGAAGGAUUCACAUCAGCAAAUAGAUCUCCAAGUCAGAAGUUCUUUAAGCACCUUGAUCAUGGCUCAGAGCAGCUGUUUUCUUACUUGUUAACAGUUUUGUAUUUGUACAGCAACAGACUGUGGUCAAACCAGGAAUCAAGUCGAGUGGACAAGGCCCCCUGUGAGCUGGGGGAUUGCUUCUGGCCAGCUUGACUGGCUCAUCUCUGAACUUAAUGUGAUUUCUUGCCAGGGGAGGGAAGAGGUAAACCUGUACCACAUGGAGAUGAGCCUGUAUUUAUUUUUCACUGUGAGCUCAAUUUCAAAGACUUGAUUUUAAUGUUUUUAAGACUCAUUUUAGAAGUUAAAACAUAUUAAAUAUAUAUACACCAGAACAUAUGUAACAUUAUUCUUAAAGGAUGUCAAUUAUUAAGUUUUCUUCCACCUCCUGAUGGAAACCAAACUUGUUAUUUCUUGGGGUUUUUAAUAGAAAUAAGGGAGAAAAUAUCUGAUUAUAUUUUUUACUGAAGGCAGACGGCAGUAUUUUUAAGACUUUUUUAUAGUAUGUGAAUGUGAAUGGUAUGUAGCUGCUAUUCUUUGUUUUUUAUAAUCCUACUUGCCUUGAGUUUGAGCUUUUAUCAGACAGGAAAUACUCCAGCAAGUAAACUACAGACUGGAACAACAGACAAGAAAUGUAGUGGGGAAAAAAAAGCAGUGCCACCCACUGGAGAGCUGGUAUGAAAGGAAUCCCUUCCAACUCCUGCAGCUGGAGUUUGUCCUUGGGACUGCUGGGGGUUAGGAGAAAAGUGCCUGCUCACUGGAGGUCUCGGGACAAUUUUUCUUCUCCUGUAUCAGAGGAUUUUUUUUUUCCUUUUGUCUAGGAGCGACAGGUUUGUCAGAAAGCAAAUAUUGUGUUAAGACCAACAUUUGGACAAAAUGAAGCUGGUUAUUUUGCUGAUUAACUUAACUUACCUCUUGUAUAAGGUGGGAAAAAGUAGCAUUCACAGCCAAGUAAGGGGGGGGGGACACAACCAGAACUAACUAGGUAGAACUGUGGCUUCUGUUGAAAUACGUGAUACAGAGAGAAACCACGGAGAGGAAGGUCAGCAUUAAAACUCCACUGAGAUUUUUCUUGUUUUGAUUACUGAGUAUUGUGUUGAAAGAUAGGGCACACAACGUCUGCACGUCUUUUUCUUUUAAAGGGAUUUUAAGAUAUGGCUGAGUCAGAGGUUCCCUAAAAGUAGGUGUGCUGUGUGUACGGUAAAAUCAGGGUAAUGUGAAUUGAAAUAGCGAGUACAGUGUGUUGUUCCGUACCUGCUCCCUAAGGCUGAGCAUUAUGUGAUGUUUUGCUGCAGAGCUCCCUUGAAGUUGCUGUUUGUUAUAAUAAACAUGGUUAAACGUCUUGUUUUGCGUCCAAGCUGGUGAUAUAUAACCUCUUUGUACUGGGACAAAGUACAAAAAAAAAGGUGCCUUGCCACAAAGGCUGGUGCAGAGAAUGUGUGAUAACUUCUGUCCUGCAUGCUGCUGUUUUGCUUGUACUGCAAUACCACUUUUUCUAUUUUGUUACAUGACUGGUGGAGAUGGAGGGAGAAGCUGGAGUGAUGAAAAGGUGCUCAAUCUCUGGAACCAAAUUUAUUUGGGUAUUCUAAAACUACUUGCAUAGAUACUGUGGCCACAGGUGUUUUCAUGAACUUAACAUGCCUAAAUUAUCCUUCUGUAAUACAACGUGCUUGGAGGUGUUUAUUUAAGAGGUGAUCAAGCCUGAAGACCAGUUUACUACUGCCAGAGAGUGUAAUAGUGCCCCACUGGGCAGAAGUCAGGCUGUUCUUCAGUGCUGUCCAGCAGGUAAGAAACACCUCUGCUUCUGUUUUUUUUACGUUGUCAUGUCAUUAAUCUACAUAGUUCCUGGGUGUCCCAUGUUACUUAUCCUUGGUGGCUUUGGGAAGCCAGGCACCUGAUGCUGCAGCCAAACCUUGCAAAGAAGUAUACAGCACUCCGGGCAACUAGGAGACCUACAUCUUCUAUCACAAGCUAACCUGUUCUGGCUUCAUUAAGGUAAGUGUUCGUCGAGUAGAAAAACACCUCCUCCCGUGUAAGUACAGUUCCAGACAGCUGUCAUAACUGGAGCAAAUACCACAGGGCAUUUUUUUCUUGUGUAGAAAAUACAUUUUAUUGUGAAUAUGAAAAUAGCAAUCUUGAUUAAGAGCAGAGAUGCAACAGCAGGUGGUACGUAUGCUUGGUCUGAUCAUCUACUGCUCAGCAGUAAUUGACAGGAAGUUGGGUUUUUCCCAUUGUAGUUUAACAAAGUAGAUGAUGUCUGCUAGGUUUUAUUUCUUUCUUCCCAACAAACCAUUGCCAUGCAUUAACAGGUACCAAAAAAUGUUAUAUUUGCAAAAGAAAACAUCCAUAUAAAUAGGCUUUUUAGUAUCAAUUGACAAUUGUAUUUAAAAAAAAAAGUUACAUUAAUACCGAUAAAAAUAAAAAUUAGCUUUGAUAGCAUAUAAAAAUGCUUCAAAA